AUUUGUUUUCAGUUAGUUGCUUUUAGAUUAGAGAGAAGAAGCAUCGAAAUAGUUUGGGCUACAAGUCAAAGAACUACAGAAUGUUUUCCGUAGUGCUGCGUUCGAGUACAAUUGUCAGUAACAUUCGGCAAAAUUCACAGAGAUUGGCUUCUACUUUUCUAGUAGAGAACAGUAAACAUUCUUUUCUCAAGGAUCUUGGCUUGGGUAAGGUCAACAGUGGAGUAUACAAUGGAGAAUGGAUUGGAGAUGGUCAAGUUGUUAAAUCGUUAGAUCCUGCUAGCGGCGAUGUCAUCGCUGAAGUUAAAACCGGAACACUGUCUGAUUUGGAGAGUUGUAUCACAAACGGAUCUAUCGCAUAUGAACAAUGGAAAGCGUUACCGGCACCAUAUAGAGGAGAAAUUGUUCGACAGAUAGGCGACGAAUUGCGAAAAUUUAAAGAACCACUUGGAAAAUUGGUGUCCUUGGAAAUGGGCAAAAUAUUGGCCGAAGGAGUUGGAGAAGUGCAAGAAUUCAUUGAUAUUUGCGACUAUGCUGUUGGUUUAUCUAGAAUGUUUGCUGGCCAAAUUUUACCAUCGGAAAGAGCGAAACAUACUAUUAUAGAAAAAUGGAAUCCUCUGGGACUAGUCGGUGUGAUUUCAGCAUUCAAUUUCCCUUGUGCAGUGUUUGGAUGGAAUGCUGCCAUAGCUCUGAUCGUAGGAAAUUCUGUUCUAUGGAAAGGAGCUCCAAGUACGCCUUUAGUUUCUAUUGCUACCACCAAAAUUGUAUCAGACGUAUUAAAAAGAAACAAAUUACCAUCAUUGGUUACUCUAUGUCAAGGUGGCACAGAUAUUGGUAAAAAAAUGGUAGUAGAUGAUCGAGUAAAACUAUUAUCUUUUACCGGUAGUACGGUUGUCGGACGUGAAAUAGGCAUUGAGGUUCAACGCCGAUUUGGCAAAUGUUUACUUGAACUAGGCGGUAACAAUGCACUGAUAAUCAACGAAGAUGCUCCUGCUGAUAUGGCUCUCGACGCAGCAUUCUUCGGAUGUAUCGGGACUGCCGGACAAAGAUGCACCAGUACACGCCGUUUGAUUAUUCAUGAAAACCUUUAUGAUGGAUUUGUACCCAAACUAGUUAAACGUUAUAUUAACUUACUGAAACGAGUGGGUCACCCCUUGGACGAAUCGACACUUUACGGGCCACUUCAUAAUCAACAAGCGGUUGAUAACUAUAAAAGUACUGUUGAUGAGGCAGUCCGAUUAGGGGGAAAACUAGAAUGUGGCGGAAAAAUCAUAAAUAGACCGGGAUGCUUUGUUGAACCAACUAUUAUAACAAAUCUUCCUCACGAUUCUCCGGUUAUUCAUAAGGAAACAUUUGCUCCAAUAGUCUACGUCUUGAAGGCAAAGAAUUUAAAUGAAGCUAUCAAAUGGAAUAAUGAGGUUGACCAUGGCUUAUCAUCUUCACUGUUCACAUCAAAUAUUGGGUCGGCAUUUCAGUGGAUUGGCGAAAAUGGAUCGGAUUGUGGCAUCGUGAACAUCAACACGUCACCAUCUGGAGCGGAAAUUGGAGGGGCAUUCGGAGGCGAAAAGCAUACUGGUGGAGGACGUGAGUCAGGUUCUGACGCUUGGAAACAAUAUGCUCGACGAUCAACAAUAACGGUCAAUCAUUCAGCAGACUUGCCACUAGCUCAGGGUAUACUCUUUGAAUAAAACUGAUGAUAUCAUCUGUGAAAUUUAAUCACCACGCUGAUAUUAUCACUAGCUAGGAGAGCAAGACCAUAUCUCCAUAAGGCCCUUGUGUUUAUUGAAAUGUGAAGAAACCUUUUUCUCUAUCGGAGUGUCAUUUUAAAAUCAGGAGAAUAAAUAAUAUAAUGCUUGCAAAAAA